UCCCAUAAUAAUCCUGCAAGUCGAAGGAAAGCGAGGACUCCUUAAUCAUACGUGGAGUGCAUUUCUUUCUGUCUUGAGGCUUUUUAAUCGAAUUAUUUUGUCUCUUUUGCGGAAGAAAACUAGAAGGGAAAGUUUGAAUUGUUUAUAUGGCCGAAGAAGGAGAACUUUCAUCUCCAGACGAGUUGGAAACCAGUUUGGAUGGAGUGGAGCUUAAUGUUCUGGAUGAUAUACUUGGGGAACCAGCAAAUGACGAGUUUGCUGCUGAACUGGACACUCCAGCAAAGACAAGUGUACCAAGCAGAAAGCGAAGAGCCAACACUGAUGACAAGGCUGAUACAUCUAAAAAGAGACACUUGGACAGUCCAAAGAUUCAAACCAAAGAAAACAACAGUUCCUCUCCUCAAACCAUGAAAAUCUCAAGCCAGACUCCAACUAAAAACAGCAAGGCUUCUAAAACCAUUGCAUCUGGGUUAGAAUCUCCCAAGACAGGUGAGAGUGACAAGGACAAGCUUCCAGUGAAAGAAAAGGAAGAAAAACAACGUCCAAGAAAAGAUGCUCCAAAGGAAAUUAAAGUAAAACUGAAAGAGAAGGACAAAGCUGCAGGUCAGCUUGAAAAUGAAAAUCCAAGCAAAGAAAAGGGAAAGGAAAAAGACACAACAAAGAACAAACAGAAGGAUAUGAAGGGUUCCAAAACUGAGGGUGAUAGUAAAACUGGAGACAAAGAGACUAAGAAAAAAGAAGAACAGAAUGCAGCAACUACCGAAACUAAAGGAGUUGCCGAAAAAGAGACAGAAAUGAAAAAAAAUGAUAAUUUAUCAAAGAGGGUAAUGAGUUCAAAAGCCAAAGGUGCUUCAAAGGUUGUGAAGAGGGAGGGUCCAAAAAAGGAAGUAGUGAAAAAAGAGGCAAAGAAGGAAAAUGUUAAGAAAGCAGCUGAGAGCAAUAAAGGACAGGGUAAGGUGUCUAAAGAGAAAGUAAAAGCUGUAUCAGAAGAGAAGAAGGCCAGCACAGCAAGUCCAGCCAAGAAAGUAGCAAAGCAGAGUGUCCACAGCACUCCCUCUGAAACUAAAAGCCGAAAAGUUCGGGAACCAUCAAAUAAUCUUAGUGAAAAGAGCAGCCAGAGGCAAAUUAAUGAUGGAGUGAAAGGAAACAGAAGAGGCAGUGUUGAAGUCAAGAGCAAAUCAACACAGAAGAAGUCUACUACACAAAUCAAGGAGAAGAAGAGUAAAGUCAAUAGAGGUGUCAAGUAUUCAGAGAAAAUACCAACAAUCCAAACAGAAGAAGAAGAACUUGGAAACAAAGUUCAGGAUCCAGAUAGCAUUGAUGAACCCAUGAGGGGAAAUAAGGGAGAGGCAGAGGAGAGUGAAAUAACUGAGUUUGGACCUGAUGAUGAUCCAGAGGCAACACAAGCAGUCAUAGGUACAGAUUCAGUAAAUUCAGAGUCAUUGGUGGAAAGCAAAGUGGCUCUAGCUGAAGAUACAGAUGCAGUUAGUAAAUAUGAGGCGAGUGAAGAUAUGGAAGUUAUUGAUGACUUGGAGGAGGCCAGUGAAGGUGCAGGUGGAAGUGAUGACAGUGGGGAAGAAGAUUUUAGUGAAGGAGAGGGAGGUUCAGUGUCACCUUCCUCUUCAGGUUCUUCAAAAUCAGAAUCAGAAAAUCCAAGUAAUGAAGAACAAAAUGAACAAGAAGGAAAGAAAGUAAAAAGAAGGAAAAGAAGAGCAUCAUCUCCUGUCGAAGGAACUAGAUCAAGUGGUGAAAGUGAUAACUCCUUAGCUGAUAGUCAGCUUCACAUCAAGAGUAAAGUGGCAAAGGCAUCAUCAUCGAAAUCAAAGAAAACAUCCAAUUUGGAUGAGUUCUUUGAAGAAGCUCGAUACUUUGUGAUGAAAAGUAACAAUCACGAGAAUGUAGCUUUGUCUAAAGCUAAGGGUGUGUGGUCAACUCCAAAGGCUAAUGAGAAGAAACUAAAUGCUCAUUUUAAGAGGUAUAAAAAUGUAAUUUUAAUAUUUUCUGUAAAAGAGAGUGGAAAGUUCCAGGGGUUUGCCAGACUGGCAUCAGAAGCCAAACAUGGAGGCCAGCCAAUGCCUUGGGUGUUGCCACCUGGAAUGAAUGCCAAAGCACUAGGAGGAGUAUUUAAAUUGGAGUGGCUCAAUAGGAGGGAGCUUUGGUUCAGUAAGUGCCUGCAUUUAAGAAAUCCUUGGAACGACAACAAAGAGGUGAAAAUUUGCCGUGAUGGACAGGAAGUGGAACCAGCUGUGGGUGAAGCUCUUUGCCGAUUGUUCCCAGAAGAUGAGACAGUGGAGCUCAAUCCAACUCACCACUCAUCAACAGAAAGACGACGAAGGAAGGAAAGGGAUGCUGCUAGGAAUUGUGGAAAUGUUGUGAUCAAGCUUUACUUCCACUAUGAAAUGGACUUAAGGCCAUUGGCCCGCCUAGGACAUUACCUCAAUGGAUUUACUUCAAAAAAAAGACUAUUCAGUUACAUAUCAAGAUCUUAUGUUGAAAAUGAACUGACUUCCUUUGGACUGAAAAUUUUAUUUGCAACUCUGGCAUUUUUGCUGCUUAGCAGGAGAACUUACCAAAUUACGGAUGCCUUCAAAACUUGUUUAAAAAAAGAGAUCUUUCUUUAGGCUUGAGAGAAGUUUUCUUGUGCCAUGUGUAUUUUUGAAGGUGGUGAUUAAUGCAGAUGCAGUUGCAGAAGAUAACUGCCAUUAAUCACCCUUUUGUUCUAUUAUUUUGCACAACUAUCCAGGAUUUUCCACAGCCUUUGGUUUGUCCAUGGAUCUACUUUAAAAAAAAAACAUUUAUAAUGUCCAACCAAAGGACACUAGUAGGGGAUUGAAGUUCUGGUGUGGGGAAUGCUUCAAGGGACCUGCAAUAGCUUACCCUUUUGUCAUGUACAAACUUGACUGAACUUUAGCUUUUGUGUAGUCACAGUUCUUUAAAAUGUGUUCCUGCAACUACAGUUCAAAUCAGUUGCAUUAUCAAGUGAAUGAGUCUGUGACACUCAUGUGGCAUAUUAAGAUGUUGACACUUGUGGA